AUGCGAGGUCCAAAAGACUUGAUGAAUGUUCGCGCUAUCAUAGAUACUAGCUCGCAUAGAUCUUAUGUUUUGGAAAAGGUAGCUAGAGAGCUUGGAUACGAGAUUGAAAGCGAACAAACGAUGAUACACUUGUUGUUUAGAGGAACUAAAACCAAACCUCAGAGACACAAAACUUGUCGGAUCUACAUCGGAAACUUAGAUGGAACAUAUAAAUGCGACUUCGUAGCUUUGCAACAAAACAUUAUCUGCCAGGACGCCCCUUGUAAGCUCGAUGAUACAUGGAUGGAUAUACUUGAGAAAAAGGACAUACGUUUGAGCGACACCGGUGAACGUAGAGAAUCCAUUUCAUUAUUGAUUGGAGUUGAUGUUGCUGGUAGGAAUAUAGGCGAUGACAGCGGCAUCGAUAUUACGCUGACCAUUAUGUUAAUGUUCACUCAAGAAACCAACAUAUCAGACUUAUGGAAACUCGACGUCUUGGACAUCACGGAUCCUAUUGAGAGUGUUACUAAAGAGGCACAUCAAGCUGAAAUAAAGACCUCAUUUCAAGAGACAAUGAAAAUCGACAACGAAGGUCGAUACGAAGUUCUUCUACCGUGGAAAGAGAAUCAUCCACCUUUACGAGAUAAUCGAGACGUAGCCGAGGAAAAACUAAAAGGCGUUAUAAAGAGAUUAAGCCAGAUUAUUGAAAAGAUACCUGUACUUGAAGUCGACCAAGAGAGCUACUAUCUUCCACACAGGCCUGUAGUCAAGAAAGAAGGAACUACUAAGAUAUACCCUGUUUUCGAUGCGUCAGCAAAACUCAAGGAAUCGCUUGACCAAUACUUGGAGAAUGAACCCAAUUUUAUAGAGCUUAUUCCAGCAUUGCUACAUCGAUUUCGAGAAAGGAAGAUAGGGAUAACAGCUGAUAUUGCAAAAGCCUUCUUACAAAUCGGCGUCUCUCCGUCAGAUAGAGAUGUUUUAAGAUUCCUGUGGAACGUUGACGGAGAAAUAGAGAUUUAUCGAUAUCGUCGAAAAGCAGUUUAUGAGAAACUGGCAAAAUCCUUUUAUGUCGAUGACUGUGUUACUAGUGUCAAUUCUUAUUCUGAUUUUGAAGUUUUCAGGAGAGAAGCUUGUUCCCUUUUGACUCAAGCCAAAUUUGACUUAAGAGAUUGGAAAUACACUAGCAAGGAUCCUGAGAGUCAAUCAACGGUGCUUGAACUUAUAUGGGACACCAAAAGGGAUACUUUAAUGUUACCGGAAUUUCCUGCACCGACAAUCACGGAGAAAAUAACGAAGAGAGUCAUCUUGUCACAAGAAAGAGGUCCCGACUCCUUUCAUGUUUUUGUCGACGCCAGUAAAGACGCAUACGCGGCGACAAUCUUCGUACGAGUUGAGUCAAGCAUAGGAGUCGAGGUACAUCUAGAAGCUAAAUCUAGAGUAGCACUCAAAGAGAAGAAGACCAUACCUCGCCUUGAAUUAUUAGCAGCCUCCAUUGGAGCUAGGAUGAUGCGAUCCUUUAUAAAGGCUAUGGAUUACCAAGAUAUCAAGACCUUGGAAGUUUAUGGUGACCAUGCUCUAUCUGAGCGAACGUGUCAAAAGUGGUUUGCACGGUUUAAGAGUGGUGACUUUGACUUGGAAGACCAAGAGCGUGCCGGAUGUCCAAGAAACUUUGAAGACGCAGAAUUAGAGGCAUUACUCGAUGAAGAUCCAUGUCAAACGCAAGAAGAGUUUGCAUUAUCAUUAGAAGUGACUUUGAUUACAUUACAAUGGGCAGUCUUUGUAUGGAAUCGUGUUCUGGAAAGGAGCCUGACGGAUAUUAAAUCUUGGAGAUAUGUUCCUGGAGUGAUGAACCCAGCGGAUUUACUCUCACGAGGUUGUGAUGCUAAGAAAUUCCUUGAACUGAAAUGGUGGGAGAGACCGGAGUGGUUGAAAUCUCCCAAAGAGUGA